AUUCAAUCAUUGGUUUUGAAUAAAAUCACAUCAAAUAAAUAUAUUAUGUUCAAUCGAGAAUGUAUUCAUCUAAAUUUUUUGUAAGCAUCCUUUUAUUAUUGCAAUUUAGCAUUAAAUGGAACAAUGCAAACACCGACAAUCGAACAGACGAUAAGGCCUACGACGUUGACACGGAUGCAAAGGAUAUGCCUUUGGUGAAAUUGAUCCCAUUGAACAGCACGUUCAUAACGGACUACAGGUCAUUAGAACGAAGGCGAGGCAAGCAAAAUGCCACAGAGGAUGAUGACUUUGAGUUUCUCAUUACUGGCGGUUAUAGGCCACAAACUAAUCUCUUGGUUAGAUAUGCGGUAUCCUUGCGCAGCAAACGGGAGUUUAUGUUCUUUGGUGAUGAUCACUUUUGCGGUGGUGCCAUCAUCUCACUAAAGCUCAUACUUACAGCGGCCCAUUGUAUAGUUAAGCUGAAGACUGGCAGCACAAAAAAAAGAGCUCAUGAUAUAAGAGUUGUGGCCGGAACGGAACGUCGUCUUGUGCGUACUGACAAUACUCAGAUAUUGGCUGUGGAGAAGGUUAUACCGCAUUCAAAGUACACUUCAUCUAAAGUCGCAAAUGAUAUUGGCAUUUUAAAGCUAAAGGAUGAAAUAAAACUUAACGAGGGAUUUGUGGCCAUUAUACCAAUGGCAGAUACUCCACCAAAACCUGGCACAAAGUGCACUAUUGUUGGUUGGGGUUCAAUUAUAGAGAGCGGUCCUGCGCCCGAUGCAGUUCUCAAUGCCGAUGUGACGAUUAGAGAUGAAGCGGAUUGCACGGAUGUGGUGCCGCCACUCCCGAAGGGCACUAUAUGUGCCAAUAAUCAAAAUGAUUAUGAGAUUGAUAGCUGUCAGGGUGAUUCUGGAGGUCCAAUGUUCUGCAAUAACAAACUUGUGGGCCUUGUCUCAUACGGCAGUGGCUGCGGUCGACCCGGUCAGAUGGGCGUUUACUCCGACGUUUAUUAUCAUCGCGACUGGAUUUUAGGGAAUUCAGCAUCUUCUAUACGGCGAUCCAGUUCGACAAUAGCCAUCGAUACGCUAAUGUUGUUGCAUUUAACACUUAUUAAGCUGGCAAUCAAUGUAGUAGUAUAGUUAACACUUUUUCAAAAGAAACAAGCCAGCAAACUUGGCCGUAGGCUAUCAGCAAGCAGCAAAUAGCAACCAAAAAAAAAGUUAGCAUUCAACAGGUGUCUGCAACUGACACAACCAAAUUGACUGAAACCGAGGACCAGCUCGUGGUGGGUGAACCGACCCACCCAUCGGCUGAAAGAGACGCUGUCAGCAACUGGGCAUGGCCAACUGGUGGGCAAAAUGCGGUGGCCAGCCGCACGCACACAUCGGCCAUUGGACAAUACGCUACGUUGCAAUGUGCAACGGUUUAUGGUUGCCGUUACUGGUCCUGUUUAUGACAGCAAUUAUCGCAUCACCUGCUGCCUUGCAUCCCCAACCUUCCAUUAGAUUCAUUCUACGUCACGGUCAUGGUUAAUUCUACUUAUCUGUUCCCACUCCCCGUUGAUUAGUCCAAUUAGGCUGUCGCCUAAUGUGUUGUUGUUGUUGUUGUUCCCACAUCCGAAAAUGCACAACUCUUAGCUUAAUGCCAUUUAAUCUUUUAUCACACCCUCUUGUAUUUCUUACUUUGACUUGUUUCGAUUCCAAGGAUUAAAAAUACUCGCCUGUGAAAUUUU